CUGAGCAAGGCCCUUAACCCUCAAUUGCUCAUUGUGUAAGUCGCUUUGGAUAAAAGCGUCUGCUAAAUGCUGAAAAUGUAAAUGUAAAUGUAGUGGGUAAUUAUUAAAGUGCAAUUUACUUUACUCUUUAACGCCCUCUGGUGGACAGAAACACUAAAGCAAUCCAGAGUGACCUAUCUGGAUCCGAACAAAUAUCUUUGGCUCGAUGCGACACCUGGUGGCUGGUCUGUGCACUGCAGGCAGCUUCACUCGACCACACGAGUACGUAACUUGUGUUUGCGCGUUUCUGUGUGUGAGUGUGUGUGUGUGUGCGUGCGAGAGAGCGAGCGGGGCGGGGAGGCGACAAUCUGCUACCUACCGUGCCGCCCGAACUCAAACUGUAACAGCACCAUCGCUUAGCAGCUACACGGAAACGCCAACGCAGGAGCGGCGACAUCCCGUCCGUGCAGCGAAACUGCUAGACUGACGAGGCUUUCGGAGACGGCGUCUGCUGACCAUGAAGCGAAGCCGCGUUCCCAGCACCAGCGAGGAGUCCGAUAAUGGAAGCAAUUGCACGUCGUGGUCUCAGAUGUCAAACUCCCAUCACAGGAGACAGGAUGGGAAGAGACCCUCCGAGGUGUUCAGGACCGAUCUCAUCACGGCGAUGAAGCUCCACGACUCGUACCAGCUGAACACCGAGGACUAUUACGUGCUUUCGGACCCCUGGAGGCAGGAGUGGGAAAAGGGGGUUCAGGUUCCGGUGAGCCCCGAGUCCAUCCCCAAACCCUCGGUCCGCGUCGUGGCGGAAAAAUCGUCCGCUUUGCUGUUCACACGUCCCAAGAAGCUGAUUCGCUCCUGGGGUCCGGAGGCGACCGUGUUGGGAUACGUUGGUAUCGGGACCCUGGCUGAAGGGACGUGCCGUUACGACCUGAACGAGGAAGAUGUGGCGUGGCUGGACGUGGCCAAUAAGGAGUUCGGUCAGAUGGGCAUGCAGCUGCUGGACGAGGACACCAUGGAGCGCCUCAUGGAGGAGUUCGAGCGGCGUUGCUACGACAACAUGAGCCACGCCAUGGAGACCGAGGAGGGGCUCGGGAUCGAGUACGACGAGGACGUGGUGUGUGACGUGUGCCAGUCGCCGGACGGAGAGGACGGCAACGAGAUGGUGUUCUGUGACAAGUGCAACAUAUGCGUGCAUCAGGCCUGUUAUGGCAUCCUGAAGGUCCCGGAAGGCAGCUGGCUGUGUCGGACAUGCGCCCUUGGAAUCUCCCCGAAAUGCCAGCUUUGCCCGAAGAAGGGUGGAGCUAUGAAACCCACUCGCAGUGGCAGCAAGUGGGUCCACGUCAGCUGUGCCCUCUGGAUACCAGAGGUGAGCAUAGGUAACCCAGAGAAGAUGGAGCCCAUAACGAGCGUGUCUCAAAUCCCCAAUAACAGAUGGGCUCUGAUCUGCUGCCUCUGUAAAGAGAAGACAGGAGCCUGCAUACAGUGCUCAGCCAAGAGCUGCCGCGUGGCGUUCCACGUGACCUGCGGCCUCCAUUACGGCCUGAAGAUGAACACCAUCCUGACCGAAGAGGACGAGGUCAAGUUCAAAUCCUACUGCCCCACGCACUCGGGCAUGGACUGGGACGAGCAGAGAGGCGGCGUGCGCGAGAGCGUCCGGGGCCGAGGCAAAGGCAAAGGAACGGACGGAGCGGGACUCAGCGAGCGGAAGCUCCGCGUGCAGCAGCUGGAGGACGAGUUUUACCGCUUCGUCGACGUGGAGGACGUAGCCAAACAGCUGCACCUGCCGCCGGAGAACGUGGACUUCCUGUUUCAGUACUGGAAGCUGAAACGCAAAACGAACUUCAACCAGCCGCUCAUCACGCCCAAGCGAGAGGAGGAAGAGAGCCUGGCCCGACGCGAACAGGAAGUGCUACUGCGAAGGCUCCGGCUGUUUACCCACCUGCGCCAAGACCUGGAGAGGGUGCGGAAUCUAACCUACAUGGUGACCCGGAGAGAGAAGAUCAAGCGUUCGGUGUGUCGGGUGCAGGAGCAGAUAUUCCACCACCACGUCAGGCUGCUGGAGCAGAGUCGACACUCCGGCAUAUCUUCCACCAGGCAACUGGAGGAGGCCAUGUUCUAUUUCCGGGGCGCGCCCUCGUCAUCCACCGCCCCCCAGCCCCUGAGAGGUCACACGGGCCAGAACAGCGCCACCGAGCUCUCCCAGCGGAAGGGUGCCCCGCACUACGGCGGCCCCAGACGAGGCCAGACCGAAGGUGACGACUCUUCAUCCAUCCUGGCCAAGUUGUCCGGUUCGGAGGGGGUCCCGAACAUCAGCUGCGGCGAGCGCGAAAGCUUAGAAAAUCAGACGGAACGGCCCGCGGGGGAGCGCAGGAAACAGAGGAGGAGGAGCCGGGUGUGGGUGCACCUCCCGGAAAAACACAGCCCGGGGGCGAAAUUCACAGACGAGAUGGAACAGAACAGCGUGACGGAUGAUCACGACCGGACGACGGCGCCCGAGGUGAGAGGUUCCGUCACGGUGCAGAACGUGUAUAACGGUUCUCUGAGGAGGACGAGCCAGCAUCAGGGAAGGAUCGUGUCGGAAAAGAACUGGGGGAGCUUCCGCAUUCCCAAACGAGGCGAUAACAAAGAGCACGAGGAUGACGGGAGGGACUUCGGGCAUGCUCAUCCUGUCGGGUCUUUGGACGAGAGCCACGCCCCAACCUGUCCUUCGGUCAGAACUCGGCUGAGGACCGGCACGGAAAGCCGGGACCUCGGUUCGGAGGUGGAUCACAGCCAGUCGGAGCAGAAGAAGAGGUGCCACGCCCAGCGGCUUCGAAGUCACGACCCGGUGGCGCAGCGCUACGGCUCGGAGGUCCUGCGGCGCGGCGUCCUCGCGUCGUAAAACCACGAUACGUGGAGUGAAAACUAUGUGAAGUUACGUGUCAAAUUUUUAUUUCCCCCCCUUUUGUGUAAUUAAUCCAAAAUAAAAGCAGCACUUCAGAGAGGAGCUACAUGAAGGAUUUAAUUGAACAAUCGUCAUUCCAGUCCAAAAACGAACCUGAACCUGAACGUCCACUUACAAUUUUAUACGCAAUAAGCUUAUAACAAAUAAAAAUAAACACACACACACACACACAUUUAUUGCUGUUUUUUGGAAACGUAAACCCGCACACCGAUCCUACAUGUAGCUCCUGCGAAGCUUCUGUUAACGGACAGCUAUUUAUUUUUCUAUUUCGUAUCUGCUGCUUUUAUCAUUUUUUCUACUUUGUUAAGUGGCUUUAUUUUCCUUCCUCUCGUACGACGAGGUCUUUGAUGCCGAACGCUUAGCUUGUAAUCGAACUAAGUUCGCGUGAUUACGUCUCGAUUUCUGUUGCUCACAGCAGUAGUGUUAAACACUGGUCCGAAUCAAGUGAUGUGUACAAUCGUGACUAGCACUUAGUUCAGUGGCUCCCGGCUCCCGGGUCCAGGCCUGGAGACCCCGUGUACCCGAUACCCGUUUUCACUUUAGCACACUCUAGUCUUGACUUUAGCCCUGUAGUUAGUAGUUAGGACUGAAUAUGAAGUACACAGGCUCGGGGAGUGAGAACCACUGGCGUGAUAACACACACACACACACACACGCUUUAAUACCUUACACCAUAUAACCAAAAGUAUGUGGACACCUGAUCAUGAAAUGAGCUUGUCAUCCUAUUUCAAAAUAGCUAAAACAACAAUCCCUCACAUAUACUCUGCAAUAGCAACAAGUGUAGGGGUUUACCUUAGGGGUUGAGCAUUUAGACAUAUAACGUCCUCUUGGAAUACCACCUAAACACUUUGCGCUUCAGCAGGCAUUCCGACCGAAGCUCCUGCCAUCAUUGCCCCAAUGAUCACUGAUACAAAAUUGAGGUUAAAUAGCCCUGUGCUGCAUUUUUUUUUUUUAUUGGACCAGCUUUAGAGCACAGCCUGUCCCCCUCUUGCACUGUGGACGGGCCACUGUCAUCCCAAAAAAACAAAACCAUUUCCAUCAGAAUAGACCUGUUCCCUGACAUAUACUCAGCAAUAGCAACAUGUGUAGGGGUUUACUCUAUGGGUCAAGCAUUCAGACAUGUACCGUCCUCUCGGAACACCACCGAGACACUCGGCGCUUGAGCGGGCAUUCUGACUUUGUUUGAAUAGCUGUAUGUCUGUGGGAAUUUGUGCCCAUUCAAUCAAAAUAGGGUUUAUUGAAGCGGAAGGGCCUUCCCUACUAUUUCUGCAAAGCUGAAUAUAUUGUAACAUAUUAUUUCCCUGUUAGCAGUUAGACAGGGUGUCCUAAUAUUUUUGUGUUUAGUGUAUGCUCAGUUCCAAUACUGGUAUCCCACCUGAUCAUGAGGAGGCUUCUUACAGGAUUUCAUUUAAAUAGCUGUAUGUCUGUGGGAAUUUGUGCCCAUUCAGUCAAAAUAGGGUUUAUUGAACCGGAAGGGCCUUCCCUACUGUUUCUGCAAAGCUGGAAGCAUAUUAUUUCCUUAUAUAUUAUAUAUAACCUGUUAGCAAUUAGAAAGGGUGUCCUAAUAUUUUUGUGCACAUAGUGUAUGCUCUGUUCCAAUACUGGUGUCCCAAUGCACGCUUGUCGACUCGCACCAUAUAACCAGAAGUAAUUGGACACCUGAUUAUGAAAAGGUUUCUUACAAGACUUGGUUUGAAUGACUGUAUGUCUGUGGGAAUUUGUGCCUAUUCAGUCAAAAUAGGGUUUAUUUGUAUGGUCGGGCAGUAAUGGUCAAUAAAGCCUCCAAAACUGUCGAGUGGGCUUAGGUCAGGGCUCUGUGUUUCUUUAAAUCCAGCUUUUCUUCAUGUCUUAAUAGAGCUUGAACAGGAGGGGCCUUCCCUAAUAUUUCUGCAAAGCUGGAAGCGUAUAAUUUCCUUAUAUAUUAUAUAUAACUGAUUUAUCACACCUGUUAGCAAUUAGCAAUCUGUUCCAAUACCGGUGUCCCAAUGCAAGCUUGUCAACUCGCACCAUAUAACCAAAAGUAUGUGGACACCUGAUCAUGAAAUGAGCUUGUCAUCCUAUUUCAAAAUAGCUAAAGUAACAGCUGUGCUUUUGAAGAGGCUUCUUACAGGACUCCGUUUGAAUGGCUGUGCGUCUGUGGGAAUUUGUGCCCAUUCAGUCAAACAAGGGGUUAUUAGUAUGGUCGGGCAGUAAUGCCUAACAAAGCCUCCAAACCUGUUGAGUGGUUCUGGGGUCAGGGCUUUGUGUUUCGAGCUUUUCUUCACGUAUUUAUAGAGUUUGAACAGGAAGGGCCUUCCCUAAUAUUGCUGCACAACUGGAAGUAAUAUUAUUUCCCUGUAUAUUCUAUAGAACUGAUUUAUUACACCUGUUAGCAAUUAGAAAGGGUGUCCUGAUAUUUUUGUGCAUAUAGUGUAUGCUCUGUUCAACAGCCGUGCUUUUGAGGAGGCUUCUUACAGGACUUGGUUUGAAUGGCUGUAUGUCUGUGGGAAUUUGUGCCCAUUCAGUCAAAUGAGGAUUUAUUUGUAUGGUUAGGUAGUAAUGGUCAAGAAAGCCUCCAAAGUUGUUCAGUGGGCUUAGGUCAGGACAAAGCCGAAAGCGUAUUAUGUACUUAUAUAUUAUAUAUACCUGAUUUAUUACACCUGUUAGCAAGUAGAAAGGGUGUCCUGAUAUUUUUGUGCGUAUAGUGUAUGCUCUGUUCCAAUACUGGUGUCCCAGUGCACGCUUGUCCUCUCGAAAACAGAAAAAGGCAAAAAGAUCACGGCGUCGAUAACGGCGUUAAAAUCAGUAUUGGAACGCAGCCUUGGCCUGCCGUAUGUGGUGCACGUUUCAUCGUUACCCACAAAUCUGUAUUUAUGUACUUAUUUAUUUCGUUUUUUUUGCUUUUCCUAUGUAAAGAGAUCGUGGCGCUCUGUUCGUUCGUCGCGGCGUCUUUUUCCUCCUCAGGUAAUUCUUUUUUUUGUGCACUUCUGUCCUGCCCCUUACGCCUGGUUCUGUCCUGUAGCAAAUCAAGGGAACAGCACUGAAAAUGAGUCCCAGUCUGAGAAUAGAUGUCGUGUCUGAUAUCUGUUGGGGGGGAAAACUCCUCACAUGGCUUUGUUUGUCACGUUUAAGUAUAUGUAUUCUCUUAAACACACAGUGUUUGGUCUAAUAAUGAUAAUAAUAGUAAUAAUAAUAGUAAUAAUGAUGAUAAUACAUGUAUUGAUUUAGCUGACACGUUUAUUUUCCUGUUCUCUGCUUGUAUGCAGGUUCGAACGCUCAGAAGCACUUAGAUUAAAAUAAUCUCACCUUUCACUCAAGAUUUCACUUGUGGGUGAUGUGUGUUAUGAAAGUCUUUCUUUCGUGGCAAGUUGUUUUACUGUGACUGCAUGAUUAGAGCAGAUACUCUGUCCAUAAACAACUUUUACUAUAAAUGUUGUGGGUUUUCUAAAAAAAAACAGGACCAAAUCUGCUCACUCACUCACUCACUCACUUUCUUAACCACUUAUCCAAUCAGGUCACCGGGGGUCACACACACACAAACACACACAUACACACACAAACACAUACACAGAUAAACACACACACAGAUAAAUACACACACACAUUCACUUAUAGGGCAAUUCAGUGUCUCCAAUUAACCUGACUGCAUGUUUUGGACUGUGGGAGGAAACCCACACAGACACGUGGAGAACAUGCAAACUCCGCACAGAAAGGACCUGGACCGCCCCUUAAACACCUUAAAUAUGUCCUUUAGCUCAUUGUGAGUCCUUGACAAACGUUUGGUCCUCAGGAACUCCAAUGAUCCAUUUUACUUACCUAAAAUAAUCAAAGUUAGCCUGAUUGUCAUUCACAAAUGGCCCCCCCCCCCCCGAUGAGCAGUCGGACUAGCCCAAUUUAUAUGGAAACAGAAGCCACCAGCUGUAGCUGAUCAUAAUCACAAUUAUAUUUAUCUUUUAUUCAUGUGUGUGUUUGGCUCGACAGAUUUGGUACUGCUUUAAGAAAUCCCACAAUAAAUCAAAAAAAAUUGUAAAAUCUGAUUUUUUUUUCUCUUUUUUUGGUAAACAGAUAGGUACAAGUAAAAGUAAAGUAAUGCCUUGACUUCAGCUGGAAAUAUAUUAUCCCUCUCCUGUUAAACCCUUUCACUGGCCUUUUUGACUGAGAAUCUGCCUACAGUCGUUCUCUAGGUAUAAUUCUCCUCGAGCACCUUUCCAGGUCAUGAAAUUAGGCUGAAAUGCACCUUCCACCGGGUCAAUCAAGUGUCCUCUACCAAACCUGGAUCCACGUUGCACUAAAGUUCUCAAAACAAGACUCGUAUUGUGUCACGAUCGAUUUCCUUUUCUGGAAGAUUAAGCUUCACUACUUGUCGGUUGCCUUUGGUCAGUACAAAUUUGCAUUUGCACUUGGAUGUUUCCUUUUUUUUUUCGUCGUUGUUGUUUAUGCUAAUGGCGAGCAGACUUCGGUGAGGUCUCGCGUCGACCACGUGCCUGUGUGGCUUUGGUUAACAUGUUGCACUAGAAUAGAGCAAUGCAGCGCAGCUUGACUAUGUUCUCUAAAAAGUUAUUUUUCACAUACAAAGAGACCUUUUAUAUGGACAUGUGCUGCUGUAUUUUUUUGUUAUGCAUCUAUUUUGUGAAUAAACCCCUUUGAAAUGAAA